GUGAGACGAGGACGGAGGGGCAGGGUACCGUAACCCUGCUCGGCGUGCAACAACAUGGUGACCAAGAACAGAAGACAGACCGGCAAGACUCAGGCGAUCCACGGCGAUCGAGACAAGAGCCCGUUUGUCUCCCCCCUUGGUAAAAGCAGCGUGAGGCGGACGGGCAGAGACGGGAGAGGGCUGAGCGGCGGCGGCGGCGCUGCGCCCGGCGCGCUGUGGGGCGUCGGGAGCCGGCUGGGGCUGAGUCCCUCCGCGCUGCCGAGGCUGGGCUGCACUCUGCUGCUCGCUGCUGUAGCGGGCUAUCUUCACUGGUAUCAUCUCACACACCUCUUUGAGAAUGACAGACACUUCUCACACUUAUCAAACCUGGAGAAGGAAAUGGCUUUUCGCACCGAAAUGGGCUUGUACUACUCCUACUACAAGACAAUCAUCGAGUCUCCCUCCUUCCUGGACGGCCUCCAUGUGGUUAUGAACGAUCGGCUGACAGAGUACCCGUUGGUUAUUAACACGCUGAAGAGGUUCAACUUAUAUCCAGAGGUGGUCCUGGCUGGCUGGUACAGGAUAUACACAGAUACAAUGGACUUCUUUGGGAUCCCCACUAAGAUGUGUUGGUCCAUCAACAGAGGAGAGGGGCUUGCUCCUGUGGAUAGCUGUGAAGGCAUGGGUGACCCGGCCUACUUCUACGUGACCACUGUAUUCAUCCUGAAUGGACUGAUGAUGAGCCUCUUCCUCAUCUACGGCGCCUACCUCAGUGGGAGUAGACUUGGCGGCUUGGUAACCACCCUGUGCUUUUUCUUCAAUCAUGGGGAGAGCACUCGAGUAAUGUGGACACCUCCCCUGAGGGAAAGCUUCGCCUACCCCUUCCUGGUGCUGCAGAUGCUGCUGCUCACUUACAUCUUGCGGACGCAGAGACCGAGCAGGACUGCCCUGGCUGCCCUGGGAGUCUCCACUCUGUGCUUCAUGCUACCCUGGCAGUUUGCCCAGUUUGUGCUGCUUACUCAGGUGGCGUCUCUGUUUGCAUCCUACAUUCUGGGUUACCUGGGCCCUGCCAAGAUGCAGUCCAUCCUGCUCACGCACAUGGUCACCCUCGGCGUCUGCUUCAUCCUGAUGUUUGGCAACUCCAUGCUGCUCACCUCCUUUUAUGCCUCUUCUCUCAUCUCCAUCUGGGCAGUCAUCACGUUCAGGGACCGAUUCGCUGAGACCUUCAAACCUGGCAUCAUCACAUGGCUCAUGCAGGGCCUGGCUUGGGUCGCCUCCACGGUCCUUCUCAAAGUCCUGCUGUCAAAUGUCCUGGGUGCCUCCGAUGAUGCUCACAUCAGCGGCCUGAUCAAGUCAAAGUUCACCAGUUACAAAGACUUCCACACCCUGAUGUACACAUGUGCUGCAGAGUUUGACUUCAUGGAGAUCGAGACCCCACUACGCUACAUCAAGACACUGCUUCUCCCAGUCAAUGUGCUAGUGGUUGCUCUCAUUGCCGGAAGGACUGUCCAAGACAUAAUAAAGUUCCUGAGGGAUGGCCAGAGGACAUCUGUCAGGUCUUUGGAGGACAAGGAGGAGGAAGAGUCUGAAAUGGCAGCCAAAGGAGAGCUGGUGUACCACAGCCUCCAGCUGCUGGCGUUUGCUGUCCUAGCCGUCCUCAUCAUGCGUCUGAAGCUCUUCCUCACACCCCACAUGUGCAUCAUGGCGUCUUUGGUCUGCUCCAAACAGUUGUUUGGCUGGAUAGGGGAGAAGUCGAAGCUCCAGAUGGUGGUAUUUGCCAUCAUGUCCGUCAUGGCCAUACAGGGUGUGGCUAACCUGCAGGCACAGUGGGGCAUCAUUGGAGAAUUCAGUAAUCUGCCCCAGGAGGAGCUGCUGGACUGGAUCCAAGACAACACGCAUCCCAGGUCUGUGUUUGCUGGAGCCAUGCCCACCAUGGCCAGUGUGAAGCUGUCUACGGGCCGGCCCAUCGUCAACCACCCACACUAUGAAGACGCUGGCCUGAGGGAGAGGACCAAGCUGGUUUACUCCAUGUACAGCCGCAUGUCCGGGGAGACGGUGAAGAGGAGUAUGAUGAAGCUGGGCGUCGACUACUUUGUUCUGGAAGACUCCUGGUGCAACAGGAGAACAAGGCCAGGCUGCAGCAUGCCAGAGAUUUGGGACGUGGAGGACCCCCAGAACGCAGGCAAAGUCCCUCUCUGCACCCUCAUAUCCCGGGACUCCAGGCCACACUUCACCACCGUCUUCUACAACAACGUCUACAAAGUCCUCAAAGUCCCCAAAGCUGCCAAAGAACGAAGAUAACGGCCGAGUUCAGACUGGUGCAGCUGAACCCUCAAGAGUUUUCACAUGCUCCUGGCCUGGCCUGUGGGCUUUUUUUUAGGAAUGUUUGUUUUCUUCUUGUUUUUAUGAAUAUGAAGAAAGAUAGAAUCACAUCAUGCAUUUUCCCCGUUGAGCAGUCUCUGUGUUUGAGAGGCCCCUGCUGGUGCUGGUCUCCCCCAAAAAAACCCUCAAACCUUCAUGACACAACUCCUCUGAGAUGUUCUGACUCACUCAGAGAUCUCCGAUAAGGUUGGUGUAAACAGCAUCGAGGUACGGCGGAGCUUAGUCACCCCAACAGCAUGGCAGUACAGUGGAGGUUAGUCACCCCAACAGCAUGGAGGUACAGUGGAGCUUAGUCACCCCAACAGCAUGGAGGUACAGUGGAGCUUAGUCACCCCAACAGCAUGGAGGUAUGGCGGAGCUUAGUCACCCCAACAGCAUGGAGGUACAGUGGAGCUUAGUCACCCCAACAGCAUGGAGGUAUGGCAGAGCUUAGUCACCCCAACAGCAUGGAGGUACAGCGGAGCUUAUUCACACCAACAGGAUGGAGGUACAGCGGAGCUUAGUCACCCCAACAAGAUGGAGGUACAGCGGAGCUUAUUCACACCAACAGGAUGGAGGUACAGCGGAGCUUAGUCACCCAACAGCAUGGAGGUACAGCGGAGCUUAGUCACCCAACAGCAUGGAGGUAGAGCGGAACUUAGUCACCCAACAGCAUGGAGGUAGAGCGGAGCUUAGUCACCCCAACAAGAUGGAGGUACAGCGGAGCUUAGUCACCCCAACAGGAUGGAGGUACAGCGGAGCUUAGUCACCCCAACAAGAUGGAGGUACAGCGGAGCUUAUUCACACCAACAGGAUGGAGGUACAGCGGAGCUUAGUCACCCAACAGCAUGGAGGUACAGCGGAGCUUAGUCACCCAACAGCAUGGAGGUAGAGCGGAGCUUAGUCACCCCAACAAGAUGGAGGUACAGCGGAGCUUAGUCACCCAACAGCAUGGAGGUAGAGCGGAGCUUAGUCACCCCAACAAGAUGGAGGUACAGCGGAGCUUAGUCACCCAACAGCAUGGAGGUACAGCGGAGCUUAGUCACCCAACAGCAUGGAGGUAGAGCGGAGCUUAGUCACCCAACAGCAUGGAGGUAGAGCGGAGCUUAGUCACCCAAACAGGGUGCUGCAGCAACAGGCUGCAGAAUGUGACCGUGUGUUGCUUUUAAGGUUUGAUGUGAAUGCAAGUAGAGCAUAUCCGUCUAUGUGACAUGUUGGAUGUGUCUGAGCACCUCAGCAAAGCCUUAGAAACAUUUCAGUUCUCAAUGUUAAUUUCAUAUCCCUCAUUCAGCUACUGGGAGAUCUGUGGUGUUUAAGUGUUCUCAAAGUAAAGAGCUGGGGUCCCCCUUCAUUUCCUUUGAUAUUUUAAUGUAUUUUACGUCCUGUGACAGGCCCAGUUUUCUUUCACAUUGUCUUUUAUAUCUGUCUAUUUUGUUGGUAUUUUUUAAAAAUAAAAGUUUCCU